AUGACCUCAAGGAAUCCGUCCUCGUGGGACGAGUACGAACGGGGUAGUUCCCCUCACAGGAGUGGAAGCGUGUCUUCGGCGGAGAACAGAAGCGUCCAGUUCGAGAGUGAAUCGCUUCUAGGCCGCAGUGUCGGCGACCGUGGUCAAGAUGACGAGUGGCCCCAGUUAAGACGUCGAAGGUCAUCGGUCACAGAACGGCUCACCGCCAUCACUGACAUUGGGGGCGUCAACAGCAUCAGGUCUUUCACAAAGAGCUGGCAACGAGCUGCUGGCUUCGUCGAAGUCAUCCCCCACCGGCCCGCGUUUGUCUUCGCCCCAGACCAGGCACCGAUUGGCGCACCAGAGGUCACAGGGUAUGAAAGUGCUGACCUCGAGAGCCACCAUGCACACCCGAGGACGUCACUGCUGCGCCGUCACCUCGAAGCCAGUCCGCCUGAGCCUCGAGAUGGCGGCCCCGAGCCUGGGGCGAGCCAUCCACCUCCGAGACAAGCGCACGAUGAACGGGAAGCGAAACAUGUAGACCAUGACCUCUCUCAGGCAUUCCGAGUCGGGAGCCACACCACCAGCUCUGGGUCGAUAUUCGGUACACCGCCGUACCUCACCACUCCGCCAAUCAUUGGGAGCUAUGCCUCGCACCGGACUUAUGGCACGAUCCGGUCCGACAUCAGCCGCCCGUCAAUGGAGGAAGCGGGCGCGCUCUGGCGACAGCAGCAGGAGGAGGGAGGCAAUGUGCCAGACGGGGAAGGCGAGCCAAUCCUGGUGAAGGAGGUCGAGCAGGACGGCAAGUUCAUUUUGGCUGUCGAAGGGCAGUCGACCCUGCCUCAGACCGUGUUCAACUCCAUCAACGUUCUCAUAGGGGUUGGCCUGCUAAGUCUGCCACUGGGCAUCAAGUAUGCCGGCUGGGUCUGCGGAAUGGUGACUCUAUUCCUCUGUGCCGCGGUGACUGCCUACACAGCCAAGCUGUUGGCAAAGUGCAUGGACUUGGAUCCUAGUCUGAUCACCUUCUCAGACCUGGCAUUCAUCUCAUUUGGCCGCAAUGCUCGGAUCGCUACGAGUGUUCUCUUCACGAUGGAGCUUCUGGCGGCGAGUGUGGCUCUAAUCGUCCUCUUUGGCGACACUCUGGACCUGUUGUUUCCAGGUCUUCUUACCGUGGUCCAGUGGAAAAUUCUGUGCUCUUUGAUCAUGAUACCCCUCAAUUUCCUCCCGUUGCGUCUUCUGAGUUUCACAAGCAUCAUCGGCAUUGUCGCCUGCUUUGGCAUUGUUUCAAUACUGUUACUCGAUGGCUUCAUCAAACCAGAUAGUCCAGGUUCCUUGCUUGAACCCGCCAAGACUUACAUGUUCCCUGCGAAUUGGCUGACACUGCCCUUGUCAUUUGGAUUGCUCAUGUCCCCCUGGGGCGGCCAUAGUGUGUUUCCUAAUAUCUACAGAGAUAUGAGACAUCCGUAUAAAUAUACUCAGGCCUUGAAGAUUACGUUCUCAUUCACGUACCUUCUAGACACCACAACAGCAGUCGCCGGGCUUCUUAUGUUCGGCGACGGUGUCCGUGAUGAGAUUACCGCCAACAUUUUGCAGACUACAGGCUAUCCGCGAGUUCUGACGUUUCUCAUGUGCAUCUUCAUCGCAAUCAUACCCCUGACUAAGAUCCCACUGAACGCAAGACCAAUCAUCAGCACUGCGGAAGUCGUGCUCGGCCUCCACCAACAGGCGGUGUCGGACAAUUCUAGUUUGGUUGGCCGCUCUGCGAACUUCCGAGGCAUCAUGAAAGUUGCCGUACGGAUCGGGACCGUGUUGUGCUUCCUCGUCAUCUCCAUCCUCUUCCCUGCCUUUGACAGCAUCAUGGCCUUCAUGGGGAGCGCCUUGUGCUUCACCAUUUGCGUAACCCUCCCACUAGCGUUCUACCUGAAGCUGUUCAAGCAUGAAAUCACCGCCAAGGAGAGGCUAAUGGCCUCCACCAUCAUGGUUAUCUCGACCGUCCUCUCCGCCGUCGGUACCGUCUGGGCCUUCCUCCCAAAGAGCCUCAUCGGCGCCGAAUGA